CAAAAAAAAGUCAAGUUAAUCUCCUGCUGUACCCCCGAAGACAUAGUCGGACGGCUUCAAACAGAGUAGCCCGAAGGCACCGGCUCUCCGCAACACUUGAAGAAUGGAAAAAAAACAUUUUAAAGUUUUAAAGCUUUGGUUUUUAUUCAGCUUAACACAGAUAUGUGCAGCACAAAACGACAUAACCUUGUCUGUGUUCACCGUAACGUCUAAAAGCAUGACGGUGCGAUGGAGCGGCCACACUGGCGCGAGCUCGUACAAGGUCACCGCUACGCCCAAGAACUCUCCCGAGCCGUCCGUCUUUGCCCAGUUCAGCGGGAACUCGGUCAUGGGCUCAGUGAACUCCCUGUCUCCCAACACGCUGUACACCAUGCAGGUGGAGGCCAUGGACCAGUCCUUGAACGUGCUGAGCAGCGCCAAUACCGUCGAGACUACAGCUCCCGAGGUCCCCUCCAUUGAUCAGGCCUAUUCCAAGCAGAGCGACAGCAUCACUGUGGUGUUCAGAGAGGUUUCCGGGGCGACCGGUUACAUCCUGCGUGCGGAGUCGGGGGACAUUUUGACUGAAACCAUGGUAACCAGCUCGCCUGGCACAGUGCUGAACCUGAAUCAGUACACAGAGUACACCAUCAACGUCAUGGCCGUCAACUCAGGAGGAAGAAGUCAGCCCUCAUGGCCCGCCGUCCACAUCACGACAGUCGUGGUUGCCCCAGAGCUGAACUCCACGUCUCCUAGUAAUGACACCAUCCGGGUGACGUGGGCUCCGGUGGACCACGCCGUCCUGUACACCCUGUGCAUCAUCCGCGAGGGCUCCGACUCGCGGCUGAAGGUCAACUCCACCGCGCCCUCCUUCACCUUCGCCAACCUGGAGCCCGGCACCAUCUACUGCAUCAAGGCCACCGCCUGGGACCCCCAGGGUCGCCCUGGAGACGACCAGACUGUCUGUCAGAUCACACGUCCUCCCACCCCUGACCCCAUCCAGGUGCAACUGACCCAGGGUCGUUCGAUGGGGAUGGUGGUGUACUGGUCGAUGGUGCGUGGUGCUGAGGACUACUAUGCUCGCUCCACCACCGGCCAGAACUGCAGCUCAUCAGCAGACAGCUUCUGCAUCAUCGACCCGGUGGUCUGCGGUCAGAACUACACCGUCACCGUGACGGCGGAGAACACGGCCGGGCCCAGCGACCCGUCACAGCCACAGAACGUCUCUACCUUCCCGUGCCCCCCAGAGCGUACCUGGGUGGAGGAGCACCCUCCGGGCGGAUGCUGGGUGCUGUGGAGCGAGGUGGUGUCGGCAGAGUUCUACAUGGCGUUUGUGAAGAGAGAUGACGGAGCAGAGCAGCUAUGCAACACCACCAGCACCUCCUGCAGCUUCUCCUGCUCCUGCGGCUACACCUACCUCACCACCGUGUUCGCCUACAACCAGGCCGGGGCCAGUCCUCAGGGGGACGUGCUCAACUACACCACCAUUCCCUGCUGCCCGGAGGAUGUUGUCAUAGCGCUGGUCUCCACGGAGACCCUGGAGAUCACGUGGUCGCCGGUGCGGGGGGCGGAGCUGUACGAGACUACGGCGGCGCAGAGUGAUGAUGUCAUCCACUGUAACGACACUGCGCCGGUGUGCGCGCUGUCAGACCUGCGCUGCGGCAGCGUGUUCAGCGUAGUCGUUACGCCCUGCAGCGAGCUGAGAGGAUGCAACCACACCUGCCCAGCACACACACGAGCUACAGCGCCCUGUACUCCAGAGAUCGUCAACGUGACCCAGACCAACUCCUCCAGUGUGACCGUGGUCUUCACGACCCCCAACGACCUCAACGCCACCUAUGUUGCCACGGCGGUGGGCCGCAGCGACAGCCACUCCUGCACGACACGCUCCUCGUCCUGCCAGCUCAGCCCGCUGCCCUGCGGAGCGUCCUACGACCUCAGCGUGGUCGCCAGCUCCCCCGCCGGACGCAGCCUGCCCAGCUACACCCUGGCCCUGGAGACCGCCCCCUGCUGUCCGUCCUCCCUGACGGUAGAGCAGGUGACCCAGGCCAUGACCAAUGUCACCUGGUCCCCCGCCCUCGGGGCCCGCUCCUACAUCACGGCGCUCUCGUCGCCACGGGGACACGCCAAGUGUCACACGCUGGACACGCACUGCCUGCUGGGAUGCAUCACGUGUGGCACCAACUACAGCGUGAGUCUGGAGGCCAUCAGCAGGACGGGUCACAAGGCCCAGUGCUCAUAUCACGGCUUCUCCUCCAGCGCCUGCUGUCCCAGCAGUGUGAAGCUGUACCGGAUGGCUAACAGCUCUCUGCGGGUGCUGUGGCGCUCCUCUGGGCCCCCGGCGCUUCAGAACCACACGGUGGACCUGUACGGCACCGGGGCCAACUACACCUGCAGCCCCGCGGCCGGAGCCAGCUCCUGCCAUAUCCAGGAGGUGGCCUGUGGGGACGUGUACACGGUGGUGGUGGCCCCCCUGGGGCCUGGAGGGGGGCCUGUCCACUUCUGCCCCCAGAGGAUGUACUCUGUGUCUUGUGCAGGGAGCAACGUAGGGAUGGGACAGUCUGCUCUGUUUGAAAAGUCCAUCUCCGGGGUACAACAGGAAGUGACACGCCAGGCCAAGGCCUUCCUGUCGUUCGAACGCAUGCCUGAGAUCCAGCUGAGUCGGCGCAGGGCGGAACGUGACAAACCCUGGCUGUGGUUCGCUACCGUGCGCUCACUCAUCGGCAAGGGCGUGAUGCUGGCAGUCACCCAGGGCCGGGUCAUCACCAACGCCCUGAACAUCGCCAACGAGGACUGCAUCAAGGUGGCAGCAGUGCUCAACAAUGCCUUUUAUCUAGAGGACCUACAUUUCACGGUGGAAGGACGCGACACACACUACUUCAUCAAGACCAGCCUUCCAGAAACCGACCUCAGCGCGCUGCGGCUUACCUCCGGCAAGAAGUCCCUGGAGAACGGCGUGAAUGUCACCGUGUCUCAGUCCACUACGGUGGUCAACGGACGCACGCGGCGCUUCGCCGACGUGGAGCUGCAGUUCGGCUCGCUGGCGCUGCACGUGCGCUACGGCAUGACCCUGGAUGAGGAGAAGGCCCGUGUUCUGGAGCAGGCCCGGCAGAGGGCGCUGGGGAGCUCCUGGGCCCGUGAGCAGCAACGCGUGAGGGAGGGAGAGGAAGGGGUGAGGCUGUGGACGGAGGGGGAGAAGAGGCAGCUGCUGAGCGGAGGGAAAGUGCUGGGGUACGACGGCUACUACGUCCUGUCCAUAGAACAGUACCCCGAGCUGGCCGACAGCGCCAACAACAUCCAGUUCCUUAGGCAGAGCGAGAUUGGCAGGAGGUAA